CGGCGCACUGCCCUCCCGCAGCUAUGUCCAGCAACCGGCGCAGGGCUAGAAUACACGAUCCUAUAGUGUGGCUUUCUUUCGACGUUAGCUGCGACUGAGGCAAGGACGCAAGGACGGCCACUGGGCCACAUCUCAGGCCGUGAUGCGCGCUCUUCCAGAACGCAGACCUAUCUGGCUAGCACUGACCCCGGAAGACGUCAAGCAUAUAUACACGCUUUGCAAGGCUGCGCAGGGGAACGCUGAUCUGCUCCGCGAGGCUCUAGUGAAUGCGAAUGGCCCGCAGGAUCUCCGCAAUGGCUUGACCAGGGAGUUCCUUGAUAAAUGCCGCAAGUCGCAACUCUUGGUUGAGGCGCAAACCACACGCGUGGCCUCUGUGCUCAACAACCCCCGCCUCGCUGCCCCAGGGCCCCAUCUCGACGAUGCGACACGCACUCUCAAGGUUCUACGCGGAGUUAACGACGACCUUAUCGCCGCAAUGCAGUUCUAUUCCGAUCUGGUGUAUGCCGGGCUUGACAAGGCUGAGCAGGAGCGUAUCAAGAACGAGCAUACGAUUCGCAUGCUGACAGCGACGACGAGCUUGAGCGCACUCUCUCUAGACGGCGGACGCACUACAUCGCACAGGCCGCCUCCUUCCCCUGGCGCAGGCCCGUCAAAUUUAGACGACGAGAAGAUACAGAGGCUGUCCAAGGUGGCGAAGACCGCGAUGGGAAACGCGGAGCUGCUGCGCGAGUCGCUUCUCCACGCGCAGCCGGAGGAUCUGAGUGGUGCGAUUGUGCAGGAGUUUAUGCAGAGCUGCCUCGAUUCGCAAAAGGCCAUCUUCGAACACAUCCAAUGGGCGGAUGCUGCCGCUGCCUCGUCCCGGCGACGUGUCGGCGCGAACGAUCCCUCGCAAACGCGCGAGGAGCUGCUGUUUAAGGAGCUAAUCACGGCGGAUGAGGUGUUGACGGAGGUGCUGAAGAUGCUCGACGAGCUCCGGUUGAACGGGGUGCCAGUGGAGACGCAGAGUGCCAUGGGAAAACCAUCUAUAUCAGCGGAUCCGGAGGCAGAGAAGAGGAGAUUGCCAGAGCUGUGUCGGGUGGGGAGGGGGAAUGCGGAGCUGUUGAGCGAGGCUCUGAUGCAUGCGACGCGGGAGGACCUGCAUGGGGAGCUGAUACAGGAAUUCAAUGCAAGCUGCCGGACGUCACAAAAGGAGAUCAUCACUGCGGUAGCUCAAAUCGAGCUCUCUUCCGACGAGGCUGCGUCAUCUGAGGAAAACAUACUGGGCAAGCUCAUCGCGGCGAACGAGGUACUGAUCGAGGCGCUCAGACAUUAUGACGAGCUCUCGCACACUGGGGCUGUCACGUCGGUGCCACAAGAGGUUCAGAGCGAGAAAGGCAAGGCACCCAUGGUCAGCAUUUUCCCACAAGCGUAUCCGAUAACUCAACCAGAGGCAGGCCCAUCUCGGCCUCCCAUGAUCAGCAUGGCACAGUUGCCGCCACUCACCCAGGAAGACAAGGCGAAGUUCAUGAAGAUCUUCUUUGGGGCAGGGCCGAAGAAUGGGUUCUUGAGCGGUGCUCGAGCCCGGGAUCUGUUGCUCAAGUCCCGCUUGCCAUCCGAGACGCUUUUACAAAUCUGGGACCUCGCGGAUGUCUCCUGCCGUGGAUCGCUCGCCAUAGGCGACUUCGUCAUCGCGAUGUACCUCGUGCAGGCGUGCAUGACCGGCCGGCUCGCCCCUCUGCCCAGCGCGCUCCCACCAGAGUUAUACCAGCAGGCCGGCUGCAAUGCAAUCUUUAGCCCUGCUCGACUUGCCAUACCAGGUCCGUCCCUCACGACCACUCCGAAUCUCCAGACGUCACCGGCGUUGCCUGGCGCGCCUGCCUACUUUGGCAUACAGCCCACCGCGCAGGAUCACACGGAUCGGAUAUUCCAGACGCUCGAUACUGAGGGGACGGGCAAGGUGCAGAGUUAUGUCAUCAUGUCGUUCUUGCUCAAGCUGGGCCUGUCAAUGGAUGUUCUCAACCAAAUCUGGAGUACCGCGGACACAGGUUCGAAGGGCUAUUUGACGAGGGCUGAGUUUGCGAUUGCGAUGAAGCUUGCAGAGAUGAAGAAAGCGGGGCAGGAACUGCCGGCCUCUCCGUCGUCGUCUGAGGUGGAGCAAGCGAGCUCAAGUGCUGCUCCUCAGCCCACUGUCCCAGAGGCAUCGCUCAUAGAUCUAGACGAACCACUCGGAGGACCAUCAACACCGAGGCCACCUGUCGCAGAAGUCUCAGGACCCAAUAGCGACCUGCUCGCUGUGAACACGCUCAUUGUGCCACCACAGCUGACAGGAUCGGCGUUCUUCGAACCAUCGUCUCCUCAGCCAACGUCACCGUUGCCGCAACCGUCCAGUCCGGAGCAAAUGCCGAAUGGCAGCGUGCAGCCGUGGGCCAUCAACCCUGUAGUGAAGGCGCGCUUUGACACGUUCUUUGAUACGCUCGAUCCGUGGCGGAAGGGGUACAUUGAGGGUGACAUCGCGGUGACAUUCUUCGCCAAGUCAAAGUUGCCUGACAAUGUGAUGGCGGAUAUCUGGGAUCUGGCGGACGUCAACCACGACGGCCGGCUCACACGGGACGAGUUUGCUAUAGCUAUGCAACUAAUCCGGGAGACGAUCAAGGGCAAGGAGCUCCCUAGUCAGCUGCCACCAUCCCUGAUACCUCCUUCUCUCCAAUCUUCGCCACCAUCACAGCUGCCUCCGCGCGAGUCGCCACAGGGAGGCAGUACGCGUGCCAGGAGCGCGGCUGGGAAUGGCAGAGAUGCAUCCCGUCAUAGAGAGCCGGCUCGCCAGAGCAGCGGUACCACUUCAGCUCCGCCCUCAUUUGACGAGAUUGCCCCUCGGCCGGAGACGCCGCCUCCACCAUACGAGGCUGUUGUUAGUACUCCGUCAUGACAUAUAUGGAGAGAGCUGCACUUUCGAUAUUUGAUAGUGCAGCCUACAAGGCGUGGUUGCCCUUUUUGACAUCGCUAUCGUCUGAUCUAACUUAUGUAGCGUUUACUUUCGGAUUCGUUUGUGCUCUCUACUUUCUGCUUUUUUGGACUUGCCGGACUCUAGCUCGUGGAAACCAUUUCCUCGUAGACUCCGGCAUCGCAGUGCAGUUGCUACUCGUGGAUAGCCUUAGCAUUCUAUAUUGUGUGUUCUUUGGACGAUGAUACUUCGAUCUUCAAGCUUCAGCUUCAAGUAUGGCAUUCGUGUUACACAAAAGAGCUGCACUAGAGUCCUGGUUGGCGAACGAGACUGUCAUAGUCAGCUACAAAAACUAUCGGCUGGAGAACGUCCGUG